GAAAGUCUCUCGAAGAAUUAAAUAAAGUCUCUUCAUCGAAGAAACGGAUUUGCUUUUGGUUCCUCUCUCUCAAUGGCUACUAUUCGUAGAGAUCUGUUCUUCAUCAUCAUCGUCAUCAUCGCCACUCUCUUCCUCGACACCUCCUCCUCCCUCCCGGAUCCUUCCUUCUACGAUUACCUCCGCGAGAGCGGCCUCCCCGCGGGGAUAGUCCCCAAGGGAGUCACCAACUUCUCGAUCGACGUCAAAACGGGCCGUUUCACCGUCGCCCUCCCCGUCCCCUGCGACGCGAAGUUCGAGAACCAGUUCCACUUCGACUACAACAUCUCCGGCGUCCUCUCCGACGGCCGGAUCGGGAACCUGUCCGGCGUCACGCAGAAGGAGCUCUUCCUUUGGUUCGCCGUCAAGGGGAUACACGUGGAUCCCGUCAGCUCGGGGCUCAUCCACUUCGACGUCGGCGUCGCUGAUAAGCAGCUCUCUCUGUCGCUGUUCGAGUCGCCUCGCGAUUGCACCGCCGCGGAGUUCGAGCGCCGCUCCGUCGUUGAUCGUCUCUCUGAACCUCGUGGUGAUGAUGAUCUGAAGAAGCAAUCUUCUGGAGAUAUACAGUCGAUCUUUGGACCACCGAGGAAUCGCUGGACAGUAUCAUCUUAGUUUUUUUCUUUUUUGGAAAGAGCUGCAAGUUCCACUGAAUACUGAUGAGUGAUGAUGAUGUCUCUGGUAUGGUGUGCCUUGUAAAGAGUUUGGGUUUUAAGUUCUUUUUUUUGUGUGUGUGGUAUACUAUAUCAGUUAGUAUCAGCAGCACUACUAGUAUAAAGCUUCAUGACUGCGUAGAGAAACUUAGGAGGUAUGAGUACUUUUUUGGUUUGUAAUAGAUUAGGGGUUUAAGACAUAUAUAUAUACAUAUAUGCUGCGUGUGGAUUUUUUUCAGACACAUUGGUGUGUUCUGUUAUCACUCUUUAUGAUGCAUGAAUUGUUUUGUUUUGUUUA